AUGGCCCGGAAGGACGACGAUGUGGCCUGCCCGCCGAGGGUGCCCUGGGGCCGCGCUCGCCGCCGAAGUUCCUCCUCCUCCUCGCAUUCCUCGGGCCCGGGCGUGGGCGGGGCCGCCUCCAAAGACGGCCUGACCCGGAGCGCGCAGGGGUGCCUGUCCUCGGGGGGAUCCCCCCUGCACCCUGCCAGCCCCUCUGCCGAAGAAAUGGCUUCUCCAGAGGAGGAAGCCUGCAGCCUUAAGGUUAAUUCCAAAGACAGUUCUCGAAACUCCAUGAACUCUGAAUUUGCGGCUGAAGCUGAGGGUCAGAAUGAUACUACUGAAGAGUCGAGCAAGGCCCAGAAAAAGAAGAGGGAUAGACUUCGAGACCAAGGCUCUACGAUGAUCUACCUGAAGGCCAUCCAGGGCAUCUUGGGCAAGUCCAUGCCGGCCAGGAAGGGAGAGGCUGCCUCUCAGGCAAAACCGAGCGCGGGAGUGCGCCCUGGCAGAACGGAAGGGCCUUCCAGGCGUGUGGCUGCUCCUCAGAGGGAGCAGGAGCAGGAGAAGGAGCGGGAGAAGGAGCGGGAGCGGGAGAGGAAGGAGCAGCAGGAGCAGGAGCAGGAGCAAGGGACGGCUUCGGAGGUGGGAGCCUCGGAGGCGCCUGUGGGCGAGAAGAGCUGCUUCGGGGACAGGAGAGUGGUGAUCGACCCACAGGGGGCGCCCAGUGAGGAGCCUCUGGGUGACCGGAGGACGGUCAUUGACAAGUGCUCGCCCCCCCUGGAGUUUGUGGAUGACCCUGCCCCUCUUGCAGAAAGCCGAAAGGCUGAGGGCAGGGAGGUGGUGAUGGAGCGCUCCUCCUCCGGCAGUGACUGGUCCGACGUGGACGAGCUCGCCACAGUCCGCUUCUCCCAGGAGGAGCCCGUCUCGCUGAAAGUCUCCACAGUUCCGGAGCCUUCUGCCUUCGCCACUGACUACGUCAUGUACCCGGCCCAUCUGUACAGCAGCCCGUGGUGCGACUACCCCAGCUACUGGGCCAGCGGCGCCAAGGCCUCCGGCUACCCCGGCGGGGGCGGGGGCAGCAAGGACACGCCGCAGGCUGGCAGGGGCAGCCGGGGCCCCCGGAGCGACUGCUCCCCCAGCUCCGCCGCGAGCUCCCGGAGCACCGCCAGAGACCCGGAGGGGGCGGAGGAAGGCCGCUCCCAGAACUCGCGGGCCUUUCGCUUCUCCAGAAGGUCGGAAGAGGUCAAGGAAAAGAGAACAUUCCGGGAGGAGCCCGCCCCGCGUCCCUGUGGCGGGUAUGCCUCCAGCGCCCGGCUGAGGGGCCGCCGGGAGCCAGGCCCGGAGGAGGGGUUCAUCGACACCCACUGUCACCUGGAUAUGCUCUACUCCAAGCUGUCGUUCAAGGGGACCUUCACCAAGUUCAGGAAGGUUUACAGCAGCUCCUUCCCCAAGGAAUUCCAGGGCUGCAUCUCCGACUUCUGUGACCCCCGGACACUCACAGACUGUCUGUGGGAGGAGCUGCUGAAGGAGGAUCUGGUCUGGGGGGCCUUCGGCUGCCACCCUCACUUUGCACGCUACUACAGCGAGAGUCAAGAGAGAAAUCUGUUGCAAGCCCUGCGGCACCCCAAGGCGGUGGCGUUUGGGGAGAUGGGCCUGGAUUACUCGUACAAGUGCACCACGCCCGUCCCGGAACAGCACAAGGUGUUUGAGAGGCAGCUGCAGCUGGCCGUGUCUCUGCGGAAGCCCUUGGUGAUCCACUGCCGAGAAGCCGACGAAGACCUGCUGGACAUCAUGAAGAGACGUGUGCCCUCGGACUACAAGAUCCAUAGGCACUGCUUCACUGGCAGCUACCCGGUCAUCGCGCCCCUGCUGGAGCACUUCCCCAACAUGUCGGUGGGCUUCACGGCCGUCCUGACCUACUCCUCCGCCUGGGAGGCCCGGGAAGCCCUGAGACAGAUCCCGCUGGAGAGGAUCAUUGUGGAGACGGACGCGCCCUACUUCCUGCCUCGACAGGUUCCCAGAAGCCUUUGCCAGUACGCCCACCCGGGCCUGGCCCUGCACACCGUUCGCGAGAUUGCCAGGGUCAAAGAUCUGCCGCUCUCCCGGACCUUGGCCGCCCUGCGCGAGAACACCAGCCGCCUCUACAAUCUUUAAGCCGAGGGGGAGCAGGCGGGAGUCUCCAGAAAGGACGCCCGGGGGUCUGUCAAGCACGGGCUGAACUCGGACUGUGCCUGUGUCCGGGUCCAGGAUGUGUCUGGAGAGCCCAUCGGAACUAGGAAACUGUGCCUUUAGGGCGUCUGCGUCUGACCGGCGGGCAGGGUGCGGGCAGGGCUGAGGCUGGCCGGGCCUGCCUGGGCGGAGGCGGCGGCAGCUGCCAGCGGGCGCGCGGCCGUGGGCCCUUCGCUGCCGUGUGCGGAGCAGCCUGGACACAGUCGCCCUCCUGUGCGCACGCGGCUUGGUUCCGGCUCACAGUUCUAAAAAAGACCUUCCACGUGGGAAGUCUCCCGAGGGACGUUCGCUGGUGUCGUGCCUCUGCGGUUGAUCUUACUGCACCCCGAGGUCACCCCCUUCCUUCCUUGGACGACGCUUCGCUGUGCCCCCCGGCGGCGGGACUGCGCUCGGUCGUCCUGCCCCGUGCCGGCGGCCGAGGGGCGGGCGCGCCCCACCCGUGCCGGGAGUCCUGGCGGAUGGAGGUUCAGGACUGACGGGGUGUUCAAGGAAGAGGCCCCAAAGACGUUCUCCCACUUCCGAUGCCCCCAUGGCCACAGCUCCUGGUGAUAAGCGGACAGAGGUCUGUGAGCAGCAGAAGCCGCCUGCUUUCGGGGGACCCAGCUGCCCUUUGCUGCAUUUUUACCGCUUCUCAACGCUGGAGCAGAAAUACUCGUGUUUCGCCCGUCCAGCGGCCCCGGUCGCGAGGCGGCCGGCCCAGUGGUCUGCAGCUCCGGGCCGCCGGGCCUGUGCCGCGAGAGCGUCUGUGUCUCCUGGCCGUGGCCGCCCAGCUCUGCUGGUCUGGGCCUCGCGAAGGCGCCUUCCCUACAGGCCCUGGACUGAGCGGGGCGGGGUCAGCGUGAGCGCCGCGCCCCUUGACCGCCGCAGGGGGACGGACGCCCAGUUCUCGUCCGUUUCUUGGAAGCAGCUGCUUAGACCGCAGAGCCCAGCGCCUCGGCCGGUUGCGGGGUGUGGAGGCCCGUGGCCCCACCCGCUGCUUCCAUCCUGCCUCUGGUGCGCCAUUGGGUGUUUGCCUUGUGCCUCAAGUUUCCCAGUGUGGGGAGUCGGGGCGCCUGUUCUCCCUGGAAGGG